AUGUCCGAGAAGAAAUCCAGGAGCUCGGAUGCUCGUCCCAAAAGCCUGCGCAGCUGGAGCGUGGACAGCUACAUCCGAAGCGUCAAGAAACGCUCCCGCGCCCCCCGGCACGACGCCACGCUCAGGACCGCAGACGACGGCGACGCGCCGGACGACCAGAGCGUCCGCUCCACUUCCUGUCCCCAGAGACGGCGGGAGAGGAAGUGCAGCUGCUCGACCAUCGGAGACGCGGACGUGGACGCCGUCUGCAGGAAAGCUCUGGCUCGGAGAUCGUUAAGACAGAAGUUCCAGGACGCGGUGGGUCAGUGUCUGCCUCUGCGUGGGCACCAUCAUCACCACCAUCAUCACCAGGGUGGCUCGUCACGCCCGCUCUCCGUGCUCCUGUGUUCCAAGCGUAAGAUCCACGUCUCCCAGCUUCUGGAGGACAAGUGUCCGUUCACGCCCAAGUCUGAACUCGCGCACUGUUGGCAUCUACUGAAGAAGCACGGCGUGCACCAGAGCGCCACCUUAGCGCCACAGCCGGACCAUAAAAGGCUGUCGUCCUCGCCGUCCUCGUUCAUCUCCUGGGAGGAAGUGAGUUCCACCGGGGCGUCCAGCCUGGACACCUGGGACGAGCCGUUCAGCCCGGGGACGCCGCGGUGCUGCGCCCACGCCGACUGCAUCCUGGUGCCCGACCUCCUCCAGAUCAACAACAGCCCCUGCUACUGGGGCGUCCUGAACCGCUUCGAGGCCGAGCAGCUCCUGGAGGGCCAGCCCGAGGGCACCUUCCUGCUGCGCGACUCCGCCCAGGACGACUUCCUGUUCUCGGUGAGCUUCAGGCGCUACAGCCGCUCCCUGCACGCCCGCAUCGAGCAGAGCGGCAGACGUUUCAGCUUCGACUGCCGCGACCCGUGCAUGUACCGGGACGCCAGCGUGACGGGCCUCCUGGAGCACUACGGCGACCCUGCGACCUGCCUGUUCUUCGAGCCACUCCUGUCCCGCCCCCUGCCCAGGAACUUCCCGUUCUCCCUGCAGCGUCUGUGCCGGGCGCUGAUCUGCAGCCGCACCACGUAUCAGGGCAUCGAGGAGCUACCUCUACCCCCAACCCUCAGGGAAUACCUCAGGCAGUACCACUUCAAAUGCGACGGAGCUUGUGAUGCAUGAUACCAAAAACUUUUUCUUCCGGUCAGUCCGGUCACUUUGACCUUUUACUACUAGCCAUGAACG